ACCUGUCAGCCUUGAAUGUGAAAAGUCCUGUUUCUCCCUCCCUCUUCUACGCUGCAAGUCUUGUAUUUUGCACACAUGAUACUGAGUCAUAGCCAGCCCUCCCUCUUUUGAAAACCACAGACUUCUUACAGAAUAAAGCGAGUCCUCUGGGCAUAAUCGGGCGUGGUGAUCAGCAAGCAGAGCAGUCAAGAGCACGGACGACAGAGCAGCCGAAGAAGUUUAAAGAUGUACGGAGGACCCAGUGCAAGAGAUCUUUGUUUCCCUAAAUCCAUUUCGGAACAGGGACUCCACAUUUUCCGCAUUGAAAAAAUGAAGCUGAUCUCGGUGCCAGAGGAGAGUCAUGGUGUAUUUCACUCUGGGGACACCUACCUGCUGGUCCUCAAUUCACCCGAAGGCAACAGCAUCUAUGUCUGGAAUGGAAAUGGAACGACGGUUGAUGAAAAGGCAGCUGGAGCCAUCUACAGCUCUCAGCUUCACAUGUAUAUGGGUGAGAAGCCUACUCAGAACCACGAGACGCAGGGACACGAAAGUGUAGAGUUCAUGUCUUUAUUCCCAAGGGGGGUGACAUAUUUGGAAGGAGGGGUCUCCUCAGGUUUCCAGCGUGCAGAAAAAGACGCAGUGACCCCUACCCACCAUCUUUACCAUGUGAGUGGUCGCAAACACAUUCGUGCAAUUGAGACAGACCUAACAUGGGACAGUUUCAACACAGGCGACUGCUUCAUCCUGGACACAGUAAAGUUUAUCUACGUCUGGUCGGGAUCUCAGUCAAACAUGAUGGAGAGGAACCGUGCAAGAGAUUUGGCCUAUCAAAUACGAGACAGUGAAAGACGUGGUGCUGCAAAAGUGGAAAUUAUACAGGAAGGGGAAGAACCUGAGGAAAUGGUUCAGAUUCUGGGACCGAGGCCGGUGACACUGAGAGAAGGGGGCACACAGGAUGACAAGGAGGCGGAUGAGAUUCACACCAGGGGAGCUGUGCUCUACCAGGUGUCUAAUGCUACCGGAGAGAUGAAGGUGACGCGUGUGGCUGAUGGAGGUAUUUUCCGUAAAGAGCAGCUCAUUUCAGAUGACUGCUUCAUCAUGGACACAGUAGGGAAGCUCUACGUCUGGAAAGGUAGAAAAGCAAAUAAGGAGGAGCGGGAACAAUCACUAGCAACUGCCGAGAAGUUCAUAACUCUCAUGAAGUAUUCAACUAAAACACAGGUCCAGGUGAUGUCUGAGGGCAACGAGUCACCUCUCUUUAAACAAUUCUUUGGAAACUGGGUAUGAAUGACUGGCCUUGGCUUCCUCUGUGCUAUAAGAUUUCCCCUCUCCCCACUUCACCAACAGGUCAAUUUUGUAUUAAAGAGGAACUGCAAUCUGCUCACAUAAUUUGUAAUAAAAACAUCUUUGCCAUUCUUAA